AUGUAUACUUAUACAUUUAUUUUAAAAGUCGAUAAUGGUUAUGAUUUAUUUGAUUCAAAAUUGUUUUGGAAAUAUCAUAGUAGUGUUGAGAUCAAAUGUGAGCUAAUAAAAUCAAGAAAAAACAAUCUGGCGUUAUUUGAAAUAUAAGCAAAAGAAGGUUCAAUUGAAUAUUAUUAUGAGAAUUCUAAAAAUGAAAAAGAAAAGUCCAAAAGAAGUAUUAAUUUACAUAAGGACAUGAAAAUUGAAUAAGAUCGGUUUAAUUGUCUUAAUUUAAUGGUGAAAUGUUAAAUUAACUCAUCAGAUUUAACUCAAAAUACAUAGUUGAAUUAUAUAGGAAAAGAAACACGUAAACCGAUAGCUUUUCAAGAAUAGAACCUAAUUUAUAUACCUUUUUAGUCUGAAGAAAAAGCUCAAUUUUUAAUUGAACAUUAAGAUUGUAAGGAUAAGUUAACAGAAAUUGAAUUUCAUGUUCUAUUAUAAAACCUCGUUAUCUAAGAGAACUUAUUGUAAUUGAAUAUCCAUCAGGAUGAUUUAGAAAAUCUAAUACGGAAAUAAUGUAAAAAAUUCAAAUAAUAAAAUGGAAAUGUGGAAUUCAAUAUAGAUAGUAGGAAUCAAAAAAGAUUUGAUGAAGUUCUUUUUGAUAAAUAUUAAGAAUGUGUAAGUGAUACUAAGUAGCAAUCAUUAAGAAUUGAAAAUUUUUCGAGAGAAACCUAAAAAAAGUUCUCUGAUUAGAUCAAAAAGAUUGAUAAUUUUUUUUCAGAUGAAAAGUAAGACACUUCGGAUUCAGUAAUGUAAUCAAAUAUAUAGCAAUCAUAAAUUAUUCCUUCUAAAAGAUAUAAAGAGAUGAAUUAAAAAUUUCGCUCAACUGAAGGAGGAUUUAAUAAAGGAACCGAAAAAAUGAAGUAAGAACAUGAACAAAAAUUGAGAGAAUAGAAAAUUGGAUAAGAACUAAAUCAUAUUUCUGAAGAAAAAAGGCAGAAUGACAUGAUGGAAAUGAAUAUUGAACAAACAACUUAAUUGUAUGUAAGCAUCUUCGAUAAUUCAAUCGAAAAUAAUGAUAAGCAAGAAUUAAUAAAAAUAAUUAAAUAAAAAGAUGAGAUGAUCAAUCAAUUAACAACAUAAAUAAACGAUUUAAGAGUAGAAGUGUAAGACUUUGCAAUUAAAUUGAAUCAGGAAAAGGAAAAUGCUAAUGAUUUAGCAAAAAGAUAUUAGAUUAAAUUUAUUUAGAAUUGUAGAGAUCGAAGAUUUUCCCCUUCAAAGAAAAAUCAAAUUAACUCAAAAUCAUAGUAAUGGUUAUAAAAAGAUUUAAUGGAGCUUAAUCCUACUAUAGUAUUUGCUAAGUAGAAUUACUGCGAAGACUUAAAUUAAAAUAGUUCAACAUUUUAUCUAAAUUCAACUUUAACAGGAUUUAGAUAGCACAAUAAUACAAAAUCAAAAACUUUAAAAACGGAAGCUUCAAGAAGAAAUCAAUGA